AUGAAAAUAACGAAUAGCAGACAGGCUAUUGAUUACCUCUCCAAACAAGCUGAGGCAUCUGAUGGAUUUUCGAAGCAUAUGGAGGUGUUUAGAGUAUUGAUAAAUGAUUUGAUACAUCCAAAUGGCUCCUCGAACGGUGAUUCGGAUGACCCUGUUGAGGACAAGAAUAGGCAGAUUAAUAACUCUGACUUGCUGUUCAACAUGAAGAUAAAGAAUUUUGAGAAUGCUCUAAGGAAUAUGAAGCCAGAGGAUCGCACGCUACCGUAUGAAUAUAUAAGGGAUUUAGUCAAGUUGUCAGAGCUGUAUCCCACAAUCACAUCUAGAGAAUCGAUAUCAAGGGUACUCUAUUUGCUUUUGGAGAACGAGAAAAAUACAAUGUCAGUACUCGAGCAUGAAUAUGAGGUCUUUGAAAGCAGCUCCUUGAUUUCUACUCAAGAGGACCAGUCUGGUGUUCUUUCAUAUUUCUAUUCAGUAAAGCUUCCAACGUCAUCAUUCAUAUCCGUUUUUAACGAAAACUUUCCAAUCGUUUCAAUACACUCUGGAUGUUUGAAGACGAUACAAAAGAUAGCCGGUAAAGGUAUUUUUCAUGCAAGCGAUUUUAAAUGCGCAGAAUAUACACUACCUCAAAUAAAAGUUCCAUUUGUGUCGAGACUCUGGCUCAAGUAUAGAAAAGAGUUUACAACAUUUGUUUAUGCAUCUGAAGUCUCAAUUGGCUAUUCAUUUUUCAGAAAUGUUUUCUCCCCUGGAGUUCCAGGUGCCCCAAAGUUUUUAAAAAUUCAAAAGGUAAUUUAA